UUCGCACGUGUGUUGUCUUUAUAUGUCAACGUCAACGUGUUUUCAAUUUUGUGUUUACGACUUGAGUUCAAAUAUUUUUAAAUUAACAUUUUCCACUGUAACCUCUACGACUAACAUUUCUUAAAAAUACUGUAAUAGUCGUUUUAUAUUGUUUUCUAAGAUUAUACGAUGUCGAAUAUAAAAAUAAAGGUUAUAAGUAGAAACCCUGAAGAUUAUUUACGGUCUACCAAGAGGGAUAUACACAAACUACCCAGAAAUUAUGAUCCGAGUCUACAUCCUUUGGAAGCACCACGCGAAUAUGUGAGAGCAAUGAAUGCUGUUAAGCUUGAAAGAGUAUUUGCCAAACCUUUUAUUGGUAGUCUUGAUGGACAUAGAGAUGGAGUUUCAAGUAUGGCAAAACAUCCUGAUAAACUUGCAGUACUAGCUAGUGGUGCUUUUGAUGGCGAAAUAAGACUUUGGGAUUUAGCUCAAAGAAAAUGUUCAAGAAAUUUCGUGGCCCAUGAAGGAUGGGUUCGUGCUAUUUGCUUUACACCAAGCGGAGAAACAUUUACAAGUGUUGGUGAUGACAAAACAAUAAAAACAUGGAAAUCUCAAACCCAGACGCCCGAGGAUGAGGAACCAGUGAAUACUUUACUCAGCAUGUCUGUGGUAUCAGGCAUUACACACCACAGGAAUAAACCAAUUUUUGCUACAUGUGGUGAACAUUGCCAGUUAUGGGAAAAUACAAGAAAUGAACCUAUAAAAGUAUUUAAAUGGGGAGUAGACAGCCUUCACCAUGUUGCAUUUAAUCAGGUUGAAUACAACUUGCUAGCGUCGUGCGCAAGUGACAGGAGUAUUAUACUUUAUGACUGCAGAGAAUCAGGUCCUUUGAGAAAAGUUGUAAUGGAACUUAGGUCAAAUGCUCUAUCAUGGAAUCCAAUGGAGGCAUUUAUAUUCACUGUAGCUAAUGAAGAUUAUAACUUAUACACAUUUGAUGUAAGGAAACUUAACCAACCUAUUAACAUCCAUAUGGAUCAUACAUCAGCUGUGAUAGAUGUAGACUACUCACCUACUGGACGAGAGUUUGUAGCUGGCAGUUACGAUAAGACUGUUAGGAUAUUUGAAAGUCUAAAGGGACAUUCAAGAGAUGUCUAUCAUACGAAGAGAAUGCAGCGGCUCACAUGUGUCAAAUGGUCUUUGGACAAUAAAUACAUAUUAACAGGGUCUGAUGAGAUGAACAUCAGAAUGUGGAAAGCAAGAGCAUCUGAGAAACUUGGUGUUCUCAAACCUCGUGAACGAACAGCACUCAAUUAUGCUGAUGCAUUAAAAGAGAAGUUCGCGAAUCAUCCACAAAUCAAGAGGAUAGCUCGUCACAGGCAUGUACCGAAGCAUAUCAUGAAUGCACAGAAGGAACUGAGAACGAUUCGGGAGAAGUCAAAGAAGAAAGAAGCAAACCGUCGCGCGCACAGCAAACCUGGCGCCGUGCCAUAUGUGCCCGAGAGGAAGAAACAUAUUGUCAAAGAAGAUCAGUAAAUUUUAUUUUUUAUAAAAGAAGAAAGAGAAAAGGCAGAGACUGUUUUAACAUUUUUCAUUACAGUUUGGACAUAGUCCUCUUUGUUUUAUUAAUAUUCUUAAGAACUACAUCGUUUUGUUGUAUUUGUGAUUAAAAUCAAAUGCAUAUACAUCCUAACCUAAAAAAACCUUAGAACACCAGUACAUAUUUUGAUGUUCAAACAAAUUGUGUUUAAAUGUUUAUCACAAAUGAUUGCGUAAUGCCAAAAUAAGUGAUAGUCUAUCUCUGUGAUAACUUUAUUAUCUUUAUGAAAAAAUUGCACUCGACAGCGAACGGUAAUCGCAAUUUAUCGGACAGAUUAGAUCUGAAAAUGGGCGAUGGUACUGUCUUUAUUAUCCUUAUCAUAAAACGAGCGCCAGGACAGACAAGAUAACAUAUGCCAAAUUCGUACGAUAAAAUAAAGUACUACAUCAAUUUUUGUUUAACUGUAGUUCCUUUGCGAAUAAAGUGAUUUAUGAAUAACAUUUACCUAGAUACAAAAAAUCAUCACGACACAAAUUCUUUUAUUAGAGUAAAAGUUUGUUACAUGUUAGAGUAUACUGUAUUGCACUACGAGAUAUUAAAUACUUUCUUAUUCAUACAACGGGACCAUUCUCACUGAACAAAACAUUUUCAUUACUCUUCAAUUCAAAAACGAGGUAAGGAGGCACAUGAAGAGAUUAAAAUGUUUAAAAAAAAAA